UCUGGGAGCAUAGUAGGAUUCGUACCGUCGCUCCGCGGCAGCGUCAUGGAUGCUCAGUUGAACGUGGGGAUCGAGAGUCGAUCGCAUCGCAGGACUGGAAGCGGAGCUUGUGGGAUUUAUGAGACUCGUUACUAAAUAGUUUACCAGACUAAAGGCGUGACAGCAUCCGCGCGCACAGACGGACGCGUCGCGUCACAUCGGUGAAACAAAGCGUCUGUUUCGCAGAGAGCACGAGUCGAAUCAAAAUGUCAGAUGCAGCUAACGGUACCGGAGCUCACGGACGCCAAUAGAGCAUUGCUAUUGUUUUUAUGCUGACGGGUUUUCAGUUAACGGGAGAUGUGACGUUUAGGUUCGUGCGUUUGAUUUGAAAUUUUGCAAAGUUGCGCGUGGACUUGGAUGGAGAGCAGGUGCAUGAUCGCAUCACCUAUGAACCGCAAGAGCAAUGCGAUUCUUCAGUGUUUUAAUAAGAUCUGAGGUUAAAUCAGCAUUUAUUUGAUUGCAUUGUUUUUUUUUUCUUUCUCCAUUGCAAUGCGAUAAAGUACCAGUAGCGUGAUCUUCAAAUUUACUGUUGCAUACUCAAUCAAUGCAGCACUCGAAUGCAUAUUUAAUCCAUUAAACCUAAAGCGUCUUAUGUUUAUUUUUUGCACAUUGCUACUGUUUGAUUCUAGAUAUGCUUUAAAAAUCAACUCGCUAUAAUUACUGCCUUAAAUCUUUAAUUAAAUUCAAAGUGCCAGUGUCAUUCCUAACCUGCAGUGAUAAGUUCAGUGCACUUCUUUGACCAACUCCGUAGUGAAUUACUCCAAGAAGAUGUGUAGAAAUCUGAGUUAACUGAAUGAAAACAAAUUUACAGUGCAUAAAAUGGAUAUGUUAUUGUAUGAUGGGGUUUCAUGCUAAAUAUUGCAUUUGUUAAUCGAGUGGUUUUGUUGCUAACAUGGCUGUUUAAAAUACCAACAAAUCAUCUACUGUAAGAUUGUGUGGUUUAUUGUUAAUUAAAUGCGAAACCGCAAUGUUAAAAAGUUAGACUGGUCAUUUGCGCGAAAGCUUUAAAUCCAGAGGAUGAUCCUGUCUGGAGUGGCUGGACUGCUGUCAGAGCGGCUUGCUCAAGAUUAGCAGCCCGCUGCUCUUUUCUUUGCCUGUUUGCCUACAAUCAAAACAUUCACGGGACAAUUCUCCAUCUCUACCUGUUUUUAAAACUUGUUUGUGCUGAAUGGGAAUUAAAUGAAGUCCAUUUGGCUUGCAGAUCAUGUGUGAUUCUUCUAUAGAGUUAGAAUAGUAAGAACCCCACUGAGAAAAUGGCAUUGUUUUUAAAGAGAAGCAGCUGACUUUUUUUCUGCUGCUGUAAUGUGACAUUGGCCGAACCGAGAAGCAGCUUACAUGCUGUAAAUAUGAGUUUGUGACAUAAGGAGUCUUAAUUUUUAGCAAAACAAGACUGAUUCUGCUGCUGUCUGGAGAAAUAUGACAUUGUGACGCUACACAUUUAAGCGCGGCGAACUGAGAAGCAGCUGACACUUUCAUUCUGCUGCUUCUGCGAAGAUGAGAUUGUGAUACCAGGAGUUUAGUUGCGGCAAACCGAACCUGAUGCUGCUGCAAAUAUGAGAUUGUGACAUCAGGACUCGUUCUCUGAAGCGCCAGACUGACGAGCGGCUGACACUCUUUUUUGCUGCUGAUGAUGCUGCAGCUGCGAAAAUGCUGCGAUUCCCUGUGAAGAAGAUACGAAAGCAGUUCAAACUUCUGCUGCUGCUGGUGCUGCUCACUUUCGCCGUGUGGUUUACGUACCUGCACAUCAACCAGGGCAAAUCCAUCAAACUCCACUUCAACUAUGGAAAAGAUGGUGAGAGGCCAAUGGAGGGAACUGAUACCAGCCGGAAGAGAGACUCACGUUCAUCAGACAAGUACCGCAAAAGCGAAGACGCCAGCAACAGCCAGGAGGAGGAAAAUGCACAGGAAGAUGAGCCCAACGCUGGCACCCUUCAUGAUAGAGAUCAAGCUGAAAUCCGCAAGUUCAUCACACAGAAGUACAAAAAGUUGCCAUGGAAACCAGAGUUUAAAGGUCAAGCGAAUCUCCACGUCUUUGAGGACUGGUGUGGCUCCUCAGUCGCUCAGCUCAGGAAGAACCUGCAUUUUCCUCUCUACCCCCAUACGAGAACUGCUGUGAAGAAGUUGGCCGUGGCUCCAAAAUGGAAGAACUAUGGCCUGAGAAUAUUUGGAUACAUUCUUCCUUACAAAGAUGGUGAUUUUCAGUUUGCGGUUUCUUCUGACGAUAACUCAGAGCUCUGGCUGAGUUCAGAUGACAGUCCUCUCAACGCUCGUCUCAUGGCCUACGUGGGAAAGCUGGGAUCUGAAUGGACCGCACCAGGAGAGUUUACCAAGUUCAGGUCUCAGGUGUCCAAGUCUGUGCAUCUCAUGGCCUCCAGACGAUACUACUUUGAGAUUCUCCACAAGCAGGAUGACAAAGGCUCGGAUCACGUUGAAGUCGGGUGGCGCCCUUUCCUGCCAGGACUCAAGUAUGAGGUCAUCGAUUCCGCCUACAUCUCUCUGUAUACAGAUGAGAGCAGCUUGAAGAUGAACCAUGUGGAUCACAUUCCUCAGACACUGGCCAGCCAUGGGCCUGUCCCAGCAGAGACCCACACCCGCAGCAAACACGGUGCCGAUAUGCUGCAACCAGACCCCCGCGACACCUUCUUCAACAUUCCCAUGAUUGACCCCUCUCAUCUUGAAAAUGUGUUGCCCACCUGUCUCUACUCGCCAACAUAUGUGGUCAAAGACUUCCCUAUAGCUCGCUAUCAAGGCCUACAGUUUGUCUAUCUUUCUUUUGUCUAUCCCAAUGACUUUACCCGCCUCACCCACAUGGAAAGAGAAAACAAGUGCUUCUAUAGAGAGUCACCCAUCUAUUUGGAAAAGUUUGGCUUCUAUAAAUACAUGAAGAUGGAUGAGGAGGAAGAUGACAGGCCAUUCUUCUUCCCUAAUCCUGAUGAUUUUCUUGAAGAAGAAGAGGGGGUGGAUCCAGAGGAUGAAGCACAAGUUGUUGGCACCCAGUCAGUAAAGAAGACUGUCCAACCUAGCCAAUCAAGUCACACCCCAAGCCCCUCUGACAAACCUGUUCCCACGGUGCUGGAGAAAAAAGAGGUAGAGCAGGACAACCCAGCUUUUAGGAGAGAGCAUAGACGCUUUUUCACAAGAGCAAGACAGGUGGUUGGGUCUCAAACUCAAAAGACAGACCAAGACACUCUGGACCAUCAGGCUAAGGUAGGGUUACCAAAAAGUGAGAGUGUGGUGCGAGGUCGUUCUCUCACUUGGGUUCAAAGAGACCACCGGGACCUCAGAGAGGGUUGGUCAGAAGAUCGUUUACAGAAAAUAAGCAGAUCAGCUUUGCUUUUCCCACCAAAAUCCUCAUUGGUGGCCCUCAACAGUCGAGCCAAGCAAACCCUCAGCAGUCCUGCCCUCACCAUUCCUUCCCCAGGUAACAACCACGCUCAUGACAACAGCCACAAUCCUGGAACCAGCCACACCAACAAGGAACGCAAGAAGGAGGACAACAAAAUCUAUGUCACGAGACCUCGCCCUGCUAAAGAGAAGCAAAGUCUCAUUUCACGCCAACCCAGAGAGGUCUUCCCUGGCGUUUUCCUGUACCAGAAUGGCAAAACCACAAAGCUGGUGAACCUCAGUGCCAAACCAAAGCUCAGCAAAGGAGCUUUGCGUGCAUCCCAGUUAUUUGCACGGUCUCCUCUGCAAGAGAACAAGGUCUUUCCAGCGAGCCCCAACUUCAGCAAGCCAGCUGAAAAUCCCAUGCCCCCAAACAGAGCAGCAAUCCCAAGCCGCUUUGAGAGAAGGAUACGAGGCGUCUGGGAAAAACACCAGCAUCCCUUGAGGCCCAUCGCAACCGCUCGACCACCUCCUGCGCCCACCCCUCCGUCCGCUAACUCCUCUGAGAAUGUGCUUCCGACUGAGCCUCUCCGUGUCACUUCCUACUUGCACACCUCUGAGAUUACUGAGUCCCAACAGCAGCGGCCGGACAUGGACCCAGAACCAGAGGAGGAAGGAGGCAUUUCGGAGUAUAGCUAUGAGGAUGUGGAGCCCCGUCCUGGUUGGGCGGAGGAGGCCAUUAAUUGGCAGAGGACGUUUUCCGUUAAUAGCAUGGACUUUGAGACAUUGCGCUCUGACUGGAAUGAUCUUCGGUGCAACGUAUCUGGAAACCUGCAGCUAUCUGAGAGCGAAGUGGUGGACGUUCUUGCACAGUACAUGGAGAAACUCAAUGAACUUAAUGGAGGGAUUUACACUCUCCUCCGGAUUAUAAAUGUAGAGAAGCGGCGUGACUCUGCACGCGGUAACCGCUACCUAAUAGAGCUGGAGCUAAUGGAGAGAGGUCGUAAAGUGGUCCGUCUAUCUGAGUACAUCUACAUGCUGUUGCACCGUGGCCGGGUAGAAGACAGUCUGGAGAAUAUGGAAGGGGUCACAGCAUCAUCCCCCUCUUCCCCUAUCACCAGCCCACCUGCUCCACCUUCUCGCACACCUACCCGAGGGGCCCACGGCACCCCGCAGUGGGGCACAGUGUAUGCCAAACCCCUGCUGUGCCAGCCAGUGAUGCUGCAGUGGAAAAAGAAUGUCAUGGUGCAUUUUGUGAUACCAGUGAAGAAUCAGGCGCGUUGGGUUCAGCAGUUCAUUUCAGACAUGGAGUUCCUGCACCGUGAGACCAAGGACAACAACUUCAACAUCAUCAUCGUGGACUUCCAGAGUGAAGACAUGGACGUGGAGCAGGCUCUCAGAGAAAGCUCCGUUCCACGAUAUGAGUAUCUGAGGAGAGAAGGAAACUUUGAACGUUCUGCUGGGUUACAGAUCGGUGUGGACACCAUCGAGGACAGUCACAGUAUCGUGUUUCUGUGUGACCUGCACAUUCAUUUCCCUCUGAACAUCCUGGAGAACAUCAGGAAACACUGUGUGGAGGGCAAACUGGCCUUCGCUCCGAUAGUCAUGAGACUGGGCUGCGGCAGCUCACCGCAGGAGCCUGACGGUUACUGGGAGGUGAACGGCUUCGGCCUGUUUGGGAUCUACAAGUCAGAUUUUGACAAGAUUGGCGGGAUGAACACGGAGGAGUUUAAGGACCGCUGGGGAGGAGAAGACUGGGAACUACUGGACAGAGUUUUGCAAAACGGUCUGGAGGUUGAGCGUUUACGACUGAGAAACUUCUUUCACUACUAUCACUCUAAAAGAGGCAUGUGGAACUCACAGUCCAGUAAAGCUCCUAAAGGAUAAAACCGAACCUCGCUGAGAGACUUCAGACUAACUCUGCACGAGAACGGGACCUUAAAGGACCAAACCGUUGUGUCUCUGAGACCCUUUCGUGAGGCCCGUCUCAUACAGGAGGACCCGUGACACUGCCAAGCUGCUGUCCAAACCCAACACUCGAAAGAGACACAGAGACUCAUUCACCGAGUGUGUAUUUGUAUGUAUCUCUGUCUGUUAGGUCAGAAGUGAAACUUGAGUGAUUACUGAACAUUUAAAGGAAAUGGUUUCAAUUUUACUCCAAACUAGCAGCUCAGGCACUUUGGGUCACAUAAACAUGGUUUGCACUUAAGAUAUUACCUGCUGAAAUUAUUGUCUAAAGGUUUAGAUGUGCGCUGGUACUUAGACGUCUGCUUUUAUAUAGCUGUAAAUGUCACUUCCUGUUCAGAUGCGACGCCUUCUUACACUUGAAAUCUGAUCUGAUAUGUGGCGACUCCUUUCUUAAAGUCCUGCUGAACUUCUGGACACGACUGGACCACGAAUGGCCUGCUGACCAAGAAAUUCAAAUUAUUCGUCUUUGCAUUUGUGUGUAUGUCUGAGCUGCUUCCUUUCCUCGGUUUCCGGUUGAUUUCAGAAGAGGUUUAGUCUUUACUGGCUAGUUUCACAGAUGCAGAAAAACCUUUCAGACUGCUGUUUUAGUCUGGGUUUUAGGCUAGACGUAAUCUCUGUCCCAUUGAUGCAGUAUCCAUUUCUAGAGUUUAACCGUGGGAUAAAGAUGAUCUUCAGAAGCUGUGUGCCUUUCUUUGAUGUAAUUUAACAUGGCAGUCCAUACAGAGUCCUGAUGGUUAGCUGUCUGGGUUGUGUAAGUCCCUAAAUAGCAUUGUUUUAUGGAGAUAAAUGAAUAGUAGAACAUGUUUAGAAAGAAAAUAAAUGUUUUUUUUUUAAUCAAAUUUUGGACUUUAUUGUUUGUUCCAUUUUUAAAGAAAUCUUCCAGCUUCUUUUCUCUCUCGAAAGUGGAUGUUUUAGCACAGAAAAUAAGUUUGACUCCUUUCCCAGCUUGUACAGAUGAACAAAAAUGGUGUUUACAGUAAAGGACAUAAAACAGAAGUAUAUGGGGCACUAAAUAUAACAUUCUAGGUGUUAACAUGAGACAAAUGUGGUAGAAUAAAUUAUUUCAAGUGCUGUAAGAACAACAUAAAGACGCUAAAGAUGGCAAGUUAUGCAAAAGAUACCGGAAACGAACGUGACGUAACUAUUAGUGAACUACUGUUUACAUAAAGAAAAUCCACCUUUGUUGGUAUUCAUCCACCUUAAACUGUAGUCUCAUAGAUAAAGUGUUGUUUAGACAGCAUUACAGCUCAAAUAACACCUAUUUUUUCUGCGAAAAUCAUUUAAAAACAAAAUAUAGCUGUAGUUUAAGCUAUUGCAUAGUCUGGUAUAUCUUGCUCCAUAUACUUCCAUUGUUAGUGCGUUACUGUAAAUGCAAUGAGUCUUAAUGAUUUUUCGGUGAUAUUUGACAGCAUUUUGUUUGACUACAUAUAUUUGAUGAAAACAAUGUUUUACACUGACACGGGCAGCUUGAGUGUAUGAAAUGAUGUAUCAUUAUGUCACUGUCACUUACAAGCAUCUGCAACAUACAAACGACCAUGUUUACAAGCUGGCAUAAAACUUUGACGUGUUUUUAUUUCAUAUCAGAAAUACCGAGACUUACAAAGUCCAACUUAUGUGUAAAACAUCUUUUUAAAAGAGUAGCCUAAAUUGAGAUGUUUCUUUCUUCUAUUCCUUGUCUUGGUUCAAUGUACUUUCUGGCUGCCUAUUUAAAACAAAACAUAGACAGGACACUAAUAAAUUACGCCUAAUACAGGGAUCUGCAUUACAAGGUAAUUUCUGUGAAAUUGUUGUGUAGAAAAUUUUCAGAAUGUCUGCAUUUUAUUUUAACAUCUUUGGGUUAAUUUUUCUGAAAAAUAAAGUUUAAAGUUGAAGCA